GCGAGGAACGACUGAACAAGGUGACGUCAAGAGGAGCGACACGCCUUCCACACACCGCGCACACCACCGCUGCCCGGCACUCGCCACCACUCCACCAGCAGCUGUCCGCCACUCGCCCUCAUCCCGCCACACCCCGCCGCCAUGGAUACCCCCGCCACCCUCGACGUGAAUUACGACGAGGAGCAUCAGGAGGAGGACGCGGCGCAACUCGGGGCGCUGGAGGAUCAAACCGGUGACCACGAGCACGGGAUGCCGGACGCCGGGGGAAGCCCUGACGGAAUCUUCUGGGGUAUCCUGGCCGCGUUCUGUAUACUCGCUGGUUUGUCAAUUGGCCUCGCCUUGUAUUUGAAAAGGAACUUCGCGCUGAGCAUCAGGGAUUUCCUGCGCCAGUGCUGCUCCAAGAUAACCGGCGCCGGCACACACGACCCCGUCCUGUUCAACGUGACGGACGGCGAGAAUAAGGAAGGCUUGGACAAGGACGGCACGGAGGGAGACAAGCAAAGCGAAGGGAGCUCCUCAGAUGAAGAGGAUGGUAAAGGUGGUGAGAAGGAAAAAAGCGACAAGGUAACUGAAAACUCCACAACAACCACUAAAGUUACCUUCCACAAGAGUGAUACUGACGGUGACGGCGACGGCGCUGAACCCUCGGAGGAUAAAGGGGAGGGAGCAGCAGCAGCAGCAGCGACAGCAAGAGCGGAGGAACGAGGCACCACUGAUGACGCGGUUGACGAGGCGAAGGGACGGCAAGGGAACGAGGAGACAUCCGAAUCUGCGGCUGAGGAGUCUGCGGCAGCGGUAGGCGAGAACAAAGAGAACGAGGAAACUAAAGAAGCGGAGGCGAAGGAGACGCAAGAAAACGACAAGCAGUCCCGCCGCAGCUCCAGCUCCAGUUCCUCAAGUUCAAGUUCUGAUGAGGACGAGAGUUCCGUACGUCAGCGCAAGAACGCCGCCGCGACGGAGGCGGCGCCGGAGGGGGAUAAGGCGGCGACGGCGGCCGGGCAGGAGGAGCACAAGGAGUGAGGGUGGCGGCGCUUCGUGUCUGCUAAUUGUCCGGCCUUCAUUAAUGAGUUUGUAUCGGCCUUCAUUAAUGAGUUUGUAUAAUAUAUAGUGUAAUAUUCAGUAAAUUUUGUAAAGUGUAUUUAUUAGUAAGUGUUUAUUCUUCCCGAGAAUGUUUAUCCCUCCCCAGACUUAACUAUGCAGCAGAGUGUAUGUUUUCAAGAUUUUGCGUUGUCAAAUAUAUUUUUUCCACAUAAA